GGAUUGCUCGGCAUUCAUUGGCUGAUUGCGUGACUUACUGUUAACGUCAUUACGUUUUCUUGCGUAGCUGCUUCCUGAAGCCCAACAGCAAAAUAGACGAUGUUAGUCCUGGUGUUAGGUGACCUGCACAUCCCCCACCGAUGCAACACCCUACCAGCCAAGUUUAAGAAGCUGUUGGUGCCAGGCAAGAUCCAGCACAUCCUCUGUACAGGAAACCUCUGCACCAAGGAGAGCUAUGACUACCUGAAGACACUGGCUGGGGACGUACACAUUGUCAGGGGAGACUUUGAUGAGAACCUGAACUACCCGGAGCAGAAGGUGGUGACAGUAGGUCAGUUUAAGAUCGGCCUGAUCCAUGGGCACCAGGUGAUCCCCUGGGGGGACAUGGCAAGCCUGGCCCUGCUGCAGAGGCAGCUCGACGUUGACAUCCUCAUCUCUGGACACACGCACAAGUUUGAGGCCUUCGAAAACGAGAACAAGUUCUACAUCAACCCCGGCUCAGCAACUGGAGCCUACAAUGCACUGGAAAGCAACAUCAUCCCAUCCUUUGUAUUGAUGGACAUCCAAGCAUCCACAGUGGUGACGUACGUAUACCAGCUCAUAGGAGAUGACGUCAAAGUGGAGAGGAUUGAGUACAAGAAAUCCUAAACCCAGGGCUGAAAAGGGAGGGGUGAGGCAAAGGGUGCUGUCGUUCAGUGUAUCGUUUCAUUCCUUUCUACCUGCAGCUCCAACUACAUAACCACAAAAAAUGCUCUACCAUAACUGUUUGCUAACUUAACUCUAUAAAGAAAUGUAUAAUAUUUUAUGUCAUCCGCAUUGGCAUGUGUUCCACCCACCAUGUGGUGUCUGUAAAAAUACAUUUAAAAAAUGCAAUUGUCACAUGCGUUUGCAUAAUGUCAUUCAAAUAAAUAUUUGGUGCCACUUUUUGAAUUAUAUGUAUUGUCAUGUAAAAUGUCCUGUAAGUACAUGUAGCUCCAUGGCCUUUUAUUUUCCUGUAGUGAGCCUUCUCUUACUAAUUUCACCCACAAUAAGAAUCCCAUUUCAUUCUCAGCCACCUGUUCAUAUUAAAUUGUAAGACAAAGAAAACACUUUUAGGGAUACUUCAGGAUUUUGGCAAUGAAGUAUGCUAGCAGAUACCCAUAGACUUCCAGUCAUUGCGCUAAUACUAGUUAGCAUUGGCUCGUGAAACUUGACACAGAGACAUAAAAUGAUAUCCACAAGAUCAUCUGACUCUGGGGAAGUAGAUAACAGGCCUCAUUGCCAACAUUCCGAAGUAUCCCUUUAACACUUAAAGAAAAUUACACCACAUGUAAAAACACUGAAAACGAAUGAGCGAUGCAGUCAUAUGAUUGAGAAUAAGUCGUCUUGCUCCCCCAUAGACAGUGAGCUCAUGCAGUCAUCAGCCAUUUAACUCCAGGUUGUCUUUUUAUGAACACUGAUAAAGGCACAGAUGUAAGCAUGUAGUAAAAAACUGCCCUGAGGACGUUAAGUCCUGCUUUUUGUAGGAUGUGUCCACCAUGGUUAUAGAGUAACCCCUAGUUUUCUCUGUCCUGAUGCAUCUGUGAAGCACAUUUUAGGUCAUGUUUCUGGAUGAGUUUAUGUGCAUGCUCUGUAAGCAUCAGCAAUCGUGGAUAUGUAAUGCUUCUGUCCUGGUGUCAGCUCCAAAUGCUGUAGUCUUUUAGCCAAGUGUGACAUGCCAGUAGCCUGCUGAAUCUUUCAGACGUGGCCCAGUGAUUGCUUCGGGCCUGAAUUAAUUUGCUGCUUUUUGGAGUGGGAAUCAAUUCUUUAAAAUCCAUUUUCAGUAGUUCCAAGCUAGUGUUCCUAAUGUCGUCUGACCCCACAUGGACAGCAUGAGUCCCCAUUGAUUUGAGCCUUCCUAAGGCUUUAGGAAAACACUACAACAUUAUGCAUUAAUGUCAAUAUGGUUUUGCUUUCCUACUGAGACUAAGGGUCUGGUUGCCUUGGUGCUUGAUGUUGACCAAGAGGAGUGGCCCUAGCAAGAAGAGCGGCUGUUACUCCAAGGGAAACCACGGAACACACUGCUGCCUGCAAAUAUGCAACAUUCUUCAUUUUGAUAUUAGAAAUAUUUUGACUAAUAAACUUGCUGUUUCCACAUAA